AUGGUGACUAGAAUGGAAACAUUACCUAAUGAAAUUCUUCUGCGCAUCUUUUCUCAUCUACCAUGGUUCGAUAUGUUAACGUCUUUAUGGUCAUUAAAUUUUCGUUUCAAUUCUCUUGUAUGUUCGAGUCUUUCGAUAAAUGACAAUCUAUUGAAUAGUGGUCUUAUUAUUACACAUGGUCUAUCAUAUAAUAAAUGUUGUUCAAUAUUAUUUCCAUUGAUUUUAAAUGUCUCGUCUCUUUCUUCCUCUAUUCAACGUAUUCAUUUUGAUGGAACAAGUUCAAUUGCUUCUGAUCUUUGUUAUGAAUGGCUUUUUAAUGAUAAAAAUAUUCUUCGUUUUCCUAAUCUUAAAUCACUUGUUCUUGCUCGAUGUGGAUCAAUUGAACCAGUAGUUCAAAGUUUAUUUUAUCUUAUUGAACAUCAAUUAGAUGAACUUAUAUUGACAUUUGAUGAGCACGUAUUCAAACGGAUCUGUUAUGAAGAUACGCAUUUGUCAAUCGAGUCUGAUAUAGGUAGCAAAUCAUUUAUUUCAUAA